CACAAAUUCUUUGGCCAACCUUUGAAUCUAAACAAUCUCCUUCCUCCUUCAGACACAACCUUUACAGAGACACAGAGAGAGAAAAUAAAGGUAGAGAGAGAGAGAGAGAGAAAGGUCAUGAUCUAUGGUGUGCUCAUUCCCACUAAGGUCAUGAUCUACCAAAAUAUAAAUUCCCUAAUAAAAACACUUUCUUGAUCCUCUUCACUUGAACCCUCUUUCAAGUUUUGUGAUCUCUCAUUGUUUCACAUUUUUUUAUUUUUGUUGGAUCUUUAUGUUAGAAAUCAUAAUGGCCUCAGUGAGGAGCUUCGUCGAGCAAAAUCUCGGAAAAUUCCCGCAUUUUCUCCUAUACGCAAUCCUCGAGUGGCUUGUUAUCAUCCUCCUAUUCAUAGACGGCAUCAUAGCCUUCGCGUGCAACGAGAUUGCUCGUUUUUUCGAUCUCAGAAUCCCGUGCCUCAUCUGUACGAGGAUCGACCAUGUCCUCGUCCAUCGAGAUCCAAACUUCUACUUCAACGACUCAAUCUGCGAGGCCCACAAAAAGGACAUUUCUACCCUCGCAUAUUGCCACGUGCACAAGAAGCUCUCGGAUAUCCGCACCAUGUGCAAAGGGUGCCUUUUGUCUUUCGCAGCCGAGAAAGAGUCGGAUCUCGAGAGGUACAAAUCGCUCGUCGGAGUCUUGCACAAGGACGUCGAUUGGCAAGUGGAGGACGAGAGGAAAUCGCUCUUGAACAAGAAGGACGAUAACGACAUUUUGCCCGAUGGGGUUAGGAGUGGGAUUUCGAGGUGCACGUGUUGUGGGGAUCCUUUGAAGUUGAAGGCUUCGACUAAAUUUAAUCGAAGCUUGUCGAUGAAUGUGCCCACGCCUUCUCCUAGGGCAUCGUUUUUCGGGAUUAAGAAUGAAGAGGGUAGUGGGAACUUGGAUUUGCCGCAUAUUCGGUACACGGAGCUUAAGUUGAUGUCGGAUACCGAGUCGGAGGUUCUCGAGGAGGAUGAUGCCACAAAUGCGUAUAGUCAUACUAACAGAGAAGACCCGAAAGCCGCUACAAUGCCUUUACUCCAAGAAACCGAUGAAAUAAACGAAGAAACCCUCCGAACCCCAACAUUCACCGGUCGAAACAAAUUUUUCGGAAUCCCACUAUCCGACUCGGCCCAAGCCAGCCCACGUUGGGCUAAUCGCUCCUUAACCGGCAUAAAAAAACUCCCGGUCGACAAACUCGACUUCACACUAAUGGCCCUCUACAUGGAGCUCGACGAAGAAAGAAGCGCUUCGGCAGUUGCGGCAAACAACGCCAUGGCAAUGAUCACCCGUUUGCAGGCCGAAAAAGCCGCUGUCCAAAUGGAGGCCUUACAGUAUCAACGAAUGAUGGAAGAACAAGCGGAAUACGAUCAAGAGGCUAUACAAGUUCUCAAGGACAUGAUUUUCAAGAGGGAAGAGGAUAUGAAGGCGUUGGAAUCCGAGCUCGAGAUGUACCGGGAGAAGUACGGGCAGAUGAAGAAGAUCGGGAGCGAGAUUUGUGAGAUCGAUGAUGACGAGGAUUAUCAGGACAUGAAGUCUCAGGGGAUGUCUUCGUUGAGCGAGAGGUCGGAUGAAGGAGGGAGCAGCAGCUCGAGUGGGAAUGAAGGCGAACGGGCUUAUGAUCGGUCGAUGGAGAAUUCGAAGGAUCCGAUGAGUUUCGAUUUCGAUAAGGAGAGGAAUUAUUUGCUUGAUCUUUUGAGGAAUCUCGAGGAGAAAAUACGGUCGAAUUCUGAAGAGUUUGUUGUGGUCAAGAAUGAAAGCGAAGGCAGAGGUGUGCUCACAAGGGAAGUGUCGUUGAUUAGAGAAAGGUUGAGAGUGAUUGAGGCAGAUAAUGGGUUUUUAAAGCAUGCGGCUAUGACAUUGCAAAGAGGAGAUGAGGGGACUAAGCUGUUGACUGAGAUAGCUCAACAUCUUCGGAAGUUGAGGCAGCCGGUUAAGUCUCCAUCAGAGGACAGUGUAGAUGCAUGA